AUGGCAGAUCCAUUCGGGAUCAUUGGAGUCAUCGGCGUUGCAGGUCAAAUCAUCAAAGCGGGGGUUAAGCUAGGAAUUGAUUGGAAAGAAGCGCCGAGCGAUGUACGAAGCUUUUUGGGAGAGCUGGAGACGCUGAAAACAGUCCUUUCUGAGACCCACACCAACAUCAUCUUGAAUCAGGAGUUCAAAGACGCUUUCGAAGGGCGGCAGUCUACAGUACUUUCGUACCUUGCGGACGGAAACUCAUCCUCUGAUCCCAGCACCCCGGGACUCAUCUCUGUUUGCCGGAUUGAGCUCGAAGAUCUCUUUACUAAGCUGCAGAAGCAGAGCGAAGGGCACCGUCUUGGCUGGGAUAGACUGAAGGGGGCUUUCAGGAGCGAACGAACCCACGCCGCUGUUGACGACCUUCAACGAAGAUGUCGGUUACUCAAUAGCAUGACAGCUAUUGAUAACGCUACGUUGACAGCAACAACUUUGGCGCAAGUCAAAGACGCAAGGAAUGAGAUGCGGCAGCAGCUCCAAGACGAAAACAAAGCCAUGAUUCUAGAUUGGCUGACGCCAAUGGAUUUCGCAGCACAACAAAGCGACAACAUUGAAAUAAGAUAUGCUGGCACCGGACAGUGGCUCCUUGACUGCCCCGAAUUCCAGACGUGGAUCCAAACUGAGAACAGCACUCUGUUUUGCCCCGGCUUGCCAGGCGCUGGCAAAACGAUCAUUGCGUCGGUCGUUGUUGAGUACUUGCACAAGCGGUUUUCCACUGAUCCAACAAUUGGAGUGGCGUAUGUCUUCUGCAAUUUUCGACGGCAACACGAACAGACUAUCCGAGACAUUUUAGCCAGUCUGCUCAAACAGUUAUGUCAUGCUCUUCCAACCAUGCCGGGUGAAGUACAGCAUCUUUACAAAAUCCAAACAAGAACCAACACACGACCGUCAAAGAUGGAGUUAGUCAAUUUGAUACAAACAGUAGCAUCACUAUUCUCCAAAACGUUCAUCCUCAUUGAUGCACUUGAUGAGCACCAAGCCCCCGAGGGCCUCCUAGAGACAAUCUCGGGAAUACAAAAACUCUCGAAUAUGAGUCUUUAUGCCACUUCCAGGUUCAUUCCAAGUAUCACUCAGCGAUUUCGAGACGACCAAAGGCUCGAAAUUAGAGCUUCGGAUGGAGAUGUAGCUGAUUACUUGAACGGAAAUAUGGAACAGUUACCCACUUUUGUGAAGAGGAACACAGAUCUUCAAACGCAGAUCAGAUCGAAGAUUGUGACGAGUGUGGACGGCAUGUUUCUUCUUGCAAAGCUACAUCUUCAGUCAUUGACUGGCAAAAGAUCACCAAAAGCUGUCAAAGCCGCUUUGGAAACACUCGCCACUGGCUCUAGCUCUUAUGAUACCGCUUACGAUGAAGCCUUCGAAAGAAUUGAAGGUCAACUAGAAGACCAAUCAGAACUUGCCAAGGAUGCAUUAUCAUGGAUUGUUUGCUCGAAAAGGCCGCUUCAGAUCGUUGAGUUACAAGAAGCUCUUGCAGUGGAGCAAGGUAUGACCGAGCUCGACGCGGAGAACCGGCCUGAAAUCGAAGAUGUCAUCUCGGCCUGCGCUGGGUUGCUCACAAUCGACGAAUAUAGUCGUGUAGUGCGGCUUGUGCAUUACACUACCCAGGAGUACUUCCAGCGGAACAAAACAGAGCGACUUCCUGGAGCAGAAGCUCUGGUAGCAGCUGCUUGUGUAUCAUAUCUCAGCUUCGAUGUUUUCGAUGCGGGUCAGUGCAGAUACCAGAAUGAACUAAGAGAUCGCAUUCAGGAUCAUCCGCUUUACGACUACGCUUCGGCGAAUUGGGGAUACCACGUUCGGGAAUCACACCACGUCCAGGAAGAGGUCAUGUGUUUCCUGGAGGACCGGGAAAGACUGGGCGCUUCAGCGCAGGCGCUCUUUGGCCCAAGGACCCGGCAUAUUUAUGAAGGCAGUCGUUUGCUUGAUAAUGUCUUGCCGUGUCCAAUUAUUGAAACGUCUGGCUUACACAUUGCUGCUCACUUCGGACUUAGGGAGGUCUUCAAUCUUGUCUCGAAUGGAAAUCGCUUGAAACAACCAAAUUCUCUACAGGGACCAUCAAACCUCACUUGCCACUCGAGGAAGCUCGAGAUCAACGCACAAAACCCUGAGGGCGAGACCCCUCUUUUUGUGGCAGUAUCAAGGAACUUUGUAGAUCUGACAAGAGAUCUUGUGGAAUCUCAUGGCGCAAAGGCUCCCAAGUACACUCAUGGGCAAACACUUUUAUCCGUUGCUGUCGAGAUGGGACACUACGACACAGUCCAUUAUCUUGUCAGUUGUCAGUUAGGUCAAUCCGACAUCAACGAGCCAGACACGUAUGGAUCCACUCCAUUGCUUUAUGCAAUCGCCAAGAAUCACCAGGAUAUCAUAAGCCUCUUACUCGACGUUGAUGGAGUUGCAUACAACCAAAGAGGCCCGGGCGGGAAAACGCCUUUGUUGUUGGCUGUAGGCUUGGGGCGAGACUCUACUGUCAAGAAUCUUCUCGAAAGAGACGAAGUGGAGGCAGACUCGAAGGACAACGAAGGCCGAACCCCGCUAUCACAUGCGGCCAGGAACGGCGACUUGAGUAUACUUGGUCGUCUUCUCGAGACAGGCAAAGUGGAAGCCGACUCGAGAGAUGAUGCUGGCAGAAGUCCGUUAUCAUACGCAGCCGGAAAGGGCGAUUUGGAAAUAGUCAGAUGUCUUCUUCGAACAGGAAAGGUCGAUGCAGAUUCCCGAGACAGAGACGGCCGGACACCACUAUUUUAUGCAGCCAUGGCUUCCAACAAAGAGGCCGUUCGCUACUUUCUUGAAACCAAAAGAGUCGACGUAAACACAUUGGACGUCCUUCACCAAUCGAUCUUGCUUGGAAUGUGGCCUUCCUACAGCCUCUGGGAAGGUCCGCAGUUUCGGACUGCGGAAACACAUGCAGCGUUGAUGGACACGACUGAACUGCUGAUCGAACUUGGAGGGGCUGAUCCAAGUGUGCGCGACAAUCGAGGGCGAACAUUGUUGUGGAAGGCUCUUUUCCACGGCCAUGUGGAACUGGCAGAAUACCUCGUAAAGACCGGUAGAAUUGAUGGACCGUCGAAUUUCAAGGACAUUGCCGGCCGCACUCCGAUGGAUGCUUUCGCUAACGAACUAGACAAUGAAGGGCUUGCAAUGAAGUCCGCUCUCGUGGAAAUUUGUGAUGGGCUGGAAAGAUUGAGAGUGAAGAGCAACGACUGA